AUGCAUUCAAAUACUUCCUGUAUAAUAUCAACAAUUCCUUUAAAUGAAGAAUUAAAUAAAAAUAAAAUAUUAGAACAACAACAAUCUUUAAUUGAUGAACAAUUUAAAGAUUGUGAUUCCCCACAAAGUGGAUCUGAUAAUUUUAAUUCCCCUCCACCACCAAAUUCUUCAAUCUUUGGACGUCAAUAUCUCGGAACUUUAUUUAUUUCUUUACCAGACGGUAUAAUACUUGAAUUUCACCAAAACAACAAUAUUUCUUCUUCUUCAAAUUCUUCUGAAGAAGAAAAUCAAUCAGAAUUUUGUUUAAAAAUAGGGGAAUCUUUAUUUAAUUAUUUAAAUGGAAAGGGGGCACAAACAAUGUUGUUAAAUGCUUUUUGUGGACAUUCACGUAGAAGAAUGUAUGCAAGAAUUAAAUGGGGAGAUAAUUCUAUUCGGGCAUGUGAAUUACUUUGUGAAUUUUUUAAUGAUUCAAAAAAUUCUUCUCGUCGAUUAGCCAAUAUUCAAUUAUUUUGUCUUCAAAAUAUUGAUAUUAAACAACAACAACAACAUUUAUUUAUUAAAAACAAAAAUUUAGUAUUUACUACAAGACAUAAUUCUUUUUGUUCAAUUAUUUAUUUAGAUUCUAAGUAA